ACUUCGUAGACAUUAAAGAAAGAGGAGGACAAGUGUGACGGACCGAUCAACCCUUAUCCAGAUUGCCAGAAUCUUAUUAGCCUCAGUACAUCCGGUGGUGUAGCGAUACUCUGGAGCUAGCAAAUAACCCUGCCAUCCAAAUCAUGCGGAACAGUCCCGCGUGGUCCCUCUCCCAGACUCCGUCUCCUGCGCAAAAUUCUCCCCUCGGAAUGAUGAUGAAAGGCUUGGAUCCGGUGCUGGCACCCGGGGAUCCCCUUGACCCUUGUCCCUGGCCAGUCUCAUAUGCAGAUAACGACAUCUGGUCACAAUAUUCCGGUGGCCUAUUCUCCGCCGACUCCGAUGUCCUGCACCUCUCCCAAGCAGACUGGCAGAAUGCAGACCUGUCAGACAGCGGUAGUUGGGCCACCAACUCCCUCAACGAUUUAUCCAUGACCUUGUCGGACGCCCCAUUCGGCCAGCCUCCUCUAUGGACACCUAGCAGCGUAGGUCUCUGCCUCUCUCUCUCUCUCUCUCUCUCUCUCUCUUCCAUAUAUCCCCUGCUUCCCUCUUGCUGUCCAAAGUAUAUGGUUUUCGAUCUCCAGACCGAUAUGAGCUAACCUCCUUGAUAGGAUCCAUGUCUCUUUCCCAGCAUUAUACCCUCACGCGAUCUCUCUGGUGAGAAUGUAGUAGACAUCCACCACCAACCCCGUGAUGGCAUUCCCACGCCGCCGCCCUCGCAGCCUCAGUCGAAUCCGAGAACCCCUCAGGAGCCCAGCCACGGCACCGAACGUGUGGUCUCCUUGCUGCUCCUUCAACGCGGGG